AUGUGUGAAGCUGAGAUCUGCCUGCCACUCAUCAACCAUGGAGUGCCAGAUGAAGUGAUUGCAAACCUCAAGAGAGACAUUGUUGAUUUCUUCAGCCAGCCACUGGACGCCAAGAAGGAGUACACACAGCUACCCAACAGCCUCGAAGGCUAUGGACAGGCCCUCGUUUUCUCCGAGGACCAGAAACUUGACUGGGCAGACAUGCUGUAUCUUCAAGUCCAUCCUAGCGAUUCAAGGGACUUGAGGUUCUGGCCGACUUCCCCUGCAUCUUUCAGGCGAUCCCUUGAUGCAUACUCAUCAGAGACUAAAAGCCUGGCACUCUGCUUGUUUGAGUUCAUGGCUAAGGCUGUGGGCGCUAAGCCAGAGGCUCUUUUAGGCAUAUUUGAAGAGCAGCCUCGAGGCUUAAGGAUGACCUACUACCCACCGUGCCUGCAAUCUGACAAGGUGAUGGGCAUUUCGCCGCACUCUGAUGUGGUUGGCCUAACACUGCUGCUCCAGGUUAACGACGUGCAGGGCCUGCAGAUCAAGAAAGAUGGCAAGUGGUUAUCCGUAGACGCUCCGAAUGGUGCAUUCAUCGUUAACAUUGGCGACACACUUGAGGUACCGACCAAGAACUAA